AUGAUAAGCGCCAGCCGGGCCGCGGCAGCCCGUCUCAUGGGAGAGGCAGCCUCUCGGGGCCCCACGGUCACCCGCCACCAGGAUGGCUGGAAUGGCCUUACUCAUGAGACUUUUAGAAUUGUUUCAAGGCGGGACUACGCAUCAGAAGCAAUCAAGGGAGUAGUUGUUGGUAUUGAUCUGGGUACUACCAACUCCUGUGUGGCAGUUAUGAAAGAUAAACAAGCAAAGGUGCUAGAGAAUGCCGAAGGUGCCAGAACCACCCCUUCAGUUGUGGCCUUUACAACAGAUGGUGAGUGACUUUUUGGCAUGCCAACCAAGCGACUGGCUGUCACCAACCCCAACAACACAUUCUAUGCCACCAAGCAUCUCAUGGGCCGGCGAUAUGAUAACCAUGAAGUCCAGAAAGACCUCAAAAAUGUUCCCUUUAAAAUUGUCCGUGCCUCCAAUGGCGAUGCCUGGGUUGAAGCUCAUGAAAAAUUCUAUUCUCCAAGUCAGAUUGGCACGUUUGUGUUCAUGAAGAUGAAAGAGACUGCAGAAAAUUACUUGGGGCAUACAGCAAAAAUUGCUGUGAUCACAGUCCCAGCUUAUUUCAAUGACUCUCAAAGACAGGCCACAAAGGAUGCUGGCCAGAUAGCUGGGUGAAAUGUGCUUCAAGUGAUUAAUGAACCCACAGCUGCUGCUCUGGCCUAUGGUCUAGACAAAUCUGAAGACAGAGUCAUUGCUGUAUAUGAUUUAGGUGGUGGAACUUUCAAUAUUUCUAUCUUGGAAAUUCAGAAAGGAGUAUUUGAGGUGAAGUCCACCAAUGGAGACACUUUCUUAGGUGGGGAAGACUUUGAUCAGACCUUGCUACAACAUAUUGUGAAGGAGUUCAAAAGAGAGACAGGGGUUGAUUUGAUCAAAGACAACAUGGCACUUCAGAGGGUUCAGGAAGUUGCUGAGAAGGCUAAGUAUGAACUCUCCUCAUCUGUGCAGACUGACAUCAACUUGCCAUAUCUUACGAUGGAUGCUUCUGGACCCAAGCAUUUGCAUAUGAAGCUGAUCUGGGCUCAGUUUGAGGGGAUUGUCAUUGAGCUAAUGAAGAGGACCAUUGCCCCAUGCCAGAAAGCCAUGCAAGAUGCAGAAGUCAGCAAGAGUGACAUAGGAGAAGUAAUUUUUGUUGGUGGCAUGACUAGAAUGACCAAGGUUCAGCAGACUGUGCAGGAUCUCUUUGGCCGAUCCCCAAGUAAAGCUGUCAAUCCCGAUGAGGCUGUGGCCAUUGGAGGGGCCAUUCAAGGAGGUGUGUUGGCUGGUGACAUCACCGAUGUGCUGCUCCUGGAUGUCACUCCCCUUUCUCUGGGUAUUGAGACUCUGGCAGGUGUGUUUACCAAACUUAUUAACAGGAACACCACUAUUCCAACAAAGAAAAACCAGGUGUUUUCUACAGCCGCUGAUGGUCGGACUCAAGUGGAGAUUAAAGUGUGUCAGGGUGAGAGAGAGAUGGCUGGAGACAACAAACUUCUUGGACAAUUUACUUUGGUUGGAAUUCCCCCAGCCCCUCGUGGCGUCCCACAGAUCGAAGUUACAUUUGACAUUGAUGCCAAUGAGAUAGUACAUGUUUCUGCCAAAGAUAAGGGUACAGGACGUGAACAGCAGAUUGUGAUCCAGUCUGCUGGUGGGUUAAGCAAAGAUGAUAUGAAAAAUGCAGAGACGUAUGCGGAGGAAGACAGGCGAAGGAAGGAACGAGUUGAAGCAGUUAAUAUGGCUGAAGGAAUCAUUCAUGACACAGAAAGCAAGAUGGAAGAGUUCAAGAACCAGUUGCCUGCUGAUGAGUGCAACAAGAUAAAAGAAGAGAUUUCCAAAAUGAGGGAGCUCCUGGCUCGGAAAGAUAGUGAAACUGGAGAAAACAUAAGGUAGGCAGCAUCUUCCCUUCAGCAAGCAUCACUGAAGCUCUUUGAAAUGGCAUACAAAAAGAUGGCAUCUGAGCGAGAAGGCUCUGGAAGCUCUGGUGCUGGGGAACAAAAGGAAGAUCAAAAGGAGGAGAAACAGUAAUAGCAGUCAACUUUGGAGCCAAAAGGACAACAUUAUGAUGCUUGGGAAUGAAAGGACUUCCUGAGCAGAAAUGGGCAAACUUCAGACUUUUACUGUGUUUUUGCAGUAUUCUAUAUAUAAUUUCCUUAAUAUGUAAAUUUAGUGACUGUUAGCUAAUGAUCAUUUAAUGAGUGUUAAUUCCAACAGUGCAAAGUUCACAAUGUUCUGUCCCUAGCCUAUCAUUUUCCAGCUGCAUGUAAAAGGGGGGAAGAUGAUUUCUUGAUCAUUCUAAAAACAUUGUUUUGUGCUGAAG